AUGAGGCAUUCCUGGGAGGUGUUUAAUGGAGGAGUUUGGCUCUUUAAACUCAACUCUCAACCCCUAACCCCCAGCAGCCCCCAUGCAGAGACCCCAAAACACCAGCCUCAUGUCCCUGCACUGUUCCCUUGUGAAACACCCCAGACCCUUCCUCAGCCCCUCACUGUCUCUCUUGCCUCCCCAGGGUGCUGCCAUGGCUGUGGUGCCCGCCCUGGCUGCACACAGAGGCGCCUCUGCAUCUCUGCCCUGGCGCUGCUCGUCCUCGCGGCCGCCGUGGCCUCGGCGGUGGCAGCCCUGGCACUCCUGCCACGGGCACCAGUGAACCGCCUCUGCACAGCCCCUAAUAACAGGACAGGCUUCCUGUGUGACGACAGAGUGACUUGUGUCCCUGCCAGCUGGGUCUGUGACAGAGUCAGCAACUGCAGGAACGGAGAGGAUGAGCAGGAGCAGCUCUGUGGUGACUUGCCCCACAGCCUCCCAGGAUAUCUGGUUUUCUACUGCAGCAACCCCAGAUCCUGGGUUUAUGCUGACCAGAGGUGUAAUGGGAUGAACGACUGCGGGGACUGCUCUGAUGAGUCGUGGAGCUCAGCUGCCUGUCCCCCGUGUGGGCAGGAGUGGUGGAGCUGCAUCUCCGUGCACUUCGAGUUCUGCUCCUGCAUCCCCCGGAGGCUGUGCAGGGACGGAAUCCAGCACUGCCUGGGCUGGUCCGACGAGUUCCUCUGCCCAGCCUGAAUCCUGGUGCCCAUCCCUGCUGGGGACAGCAGGGCGCUUCCCACACCUCACCCUGAAGCCUCGGGUCCUGCCAUGCCACCUGCUUGGGGAGCUCCAGGCCGAGCAAAUCCCCCUCACAAUGCAGUGACAGCGACAGAUCCCCCUCACAGAGCGGUGACAGCGACAGAUCCCCCUCACAGAGCGGUGACAGCGACAGAUCCCCCUCACAGCACAGUGACCCCGACAGAUCCCCCUCACAGUGCAGUGACAGCAACAAAUCCCCCUCACAGCGCAGCGACAUGGACAGAUCCCCCUCACAGCGCGGUGACACCGAGCAGGGCCUGUGGCAGCGCUCGGCUGGACACUGGCUGUGGGACAGCUGCCAGGAGGCUGUGCCAUGUCAAGGGGACAUUUCCUUCAUGGGCAGCACUGGGUUGGAUGCUGGGCUGGAGAGGCUUCACUAGUCAUGGCUGGCACUGCCUGGGCCAGGGGUUCCUCCUCUCUGGACAUCCUGGGGCCUCUGCAGGCCGCCAUACUGAGAGCUGCCCCGAGCAGCAGGAGCUGAGUGAGGCUCCAUAGGCCUGAUCUUCACUGGUUCUUCUGUUUGUGCUCAGAACACAUCUGCAGGUGCUUUCAGCAGUGGCUUUGAGGGCUCUGUGCUGUUGCUCCUGGGACACUUCCUUGGGAAUGCUGUGCUGGGAGUGACACUGUGACACUGUGGGGAGCUGCUGCUCAGGCCACCUCCUGCUCUCUUCUCAAACCAUGAAAGCCAACACAGAAGGUGAAAUUGCAUGGAAAACUGGAGAAGUUUCAGGGUUUGGGGGGAUAAAUCAUGUCCCUGUGACAGAGUAGCUGUCCCUGAGAGCCAGGGCAGAGAACCAGCAUAAAUAAAUAACCUGCUCUUCACUGAGGGCUGU